UCUCCUCCCCUCGUCCUCUUCCCCCACUUCCCCUUCGAAACCCUAAAACCUACCCGUUGAUCCGAUCACCUCGAGACGACGAGCUCCUCCUCCACACCCUUCAAUGUCUCUCUCUCCGAGGCCCCGCCGUUUCCGAGAUCGACGACCCGACGCAACCCUAGCGGCCGAGGAUAGAGCUGAGAACGAAGACACGGAGGGCUCCUCUGGUUCGGCCUCCGCCGCUGGAUAUGCGUCGGAGCUCGAAUCGAUGACCGGAAAGGGCAUACAAAUUCUGUGCUCAGAGCUCCUUGAAUUAAAGAAAGCGUCGGAUGAAGAUUUUUACAGAAAUGUUUAUGCAAAUUAUCCGAUCUUUAUCAAAAUAUUUGAGGCAGCUGAAACUGUACAAAGUGAUGUCAUCGCACUUAAACAGCACAUUUUCACACAAAGGAAUCUCAUCCAUGAUCUUGCAAACAGUAGUUACUUAGAAACCCUAUCUCAGAAUACGAAGGAGAUCGAAGUAGGAGAAUUGAAAGACUUUGGCCCCUCUUCUCCUGAUAAUUUCAGAAGUCACAUGUAUGAUACAUUGGAUACAGUGGAUAUACUUCUCUCUGAGCUUCAAUUAGAGGAAGCUCUGAUUGUUUUGGAGAUGGAAGCGCAAAACCUUCAAAAGAUGAAUAAUGAAGAUCUUUCAUCACCAUCGAUCAUGUCAAAUAUGUCUGCAAUAUCAGUUAGGAAAAAAAGAAUUGCUGACCAUUUCACUUUUUUGGCUGAAAACCCUAGAAUUACACCACCUGAAUUGAAGAAGGCAAUCAUUGGGCUCUGCAAACUUGGCGAGAAUCAUCAAGCAGCUCGUUUACUGCUUAAAUAUUAUGAUUCACGCCUCACGUACAAUAAACGAGAAUGGAGGUGUUCUAAACCAUAUCUAUAUGAGAACUACAUUAUAAAUCUUGCACAUAUAGUCUUCUCCAUCAUUUCUCAGGCGGUAAAAGUCUUUUUGAAAUUGUUUGGCGAGAAAUCCUUUGAAGUUCCGGAAAUUUAUCAGUGGGCCAGGGAGGAAAUUGAGGCCUUUGGUCUUGAAUUUAAUGAAUUUGUGGAAUCCAUCACAGUAACAAGUGAGGAAGGACUUUUUCUGGCGGUUGAGUCUAUAAACUCUACCUUUUCAUACUGCUCUUUACUUGGACCUUCAGUAACCUUCUUGCUGCCAGAUUUGAUGAGAUUGAUCGGGCCUUGCUUGAAAAAGAUAUUGCAAAAGAAUGUAGAACACUUGAAAAAGGUUGUCGGCUUAUUGGCUGCUGCUGAUACUUGGGUCCUCAGUAGGUUUCUCAUUACUGGAUUAUUAAGGGAGAAAACUUUUCUUACAGGGGUCAACGGCAAAGUUGAAUAUUGCCUACUAACAAGUGGCGGAAGAAAGUUCCUUACCCUAAUGCAGGAAUUUAUCAAUGACUUUUUCCCAUUGGCAAGUCUUCAAAUGGAAAGUUCAAUUCUUCAAGGCCUUGCAGAUUUGUUUGAUGAGUAUAUGCGUGCUGUUGAGUGCGCCAUUCCUAUUGUAGAACGUGCUUUACGAAGUGAUUCUCGAAGAAGUGGGUUAGCUCACAGAUACUUGAAACUACUCUCGCUUUUAGUCAAUUCUGCAACACUUCUGGGUUUUUUUCCGAUUAUUGUUGAUAAUUUCUCUAGAAGUUUUAUUCUCUCUUCACAAAUGGAACUUUCUCCUCUGACUCUAUCUGUUGGAGAAGCAGUAGAGAGAAUAUGGUGUUGUUUUUGCAAGCAAUUUAUGUAUGAUGUCAUGUCAAGUGUGCAAGAAAAACCAAGGGGCUCGGAAUUAGGUACUUUUUUCAAGUACUUGCAUAGUACACCACAAGACAUAAUGCCUUCCUUUCUCAUCCAGGUAGUAUUUCUGCGGCUGAGGCAGAUAGAAGCUCUUUCUGAAACCAUUUUUUCUGGUGAAAUUUGGCUGGCAAAGAAGCUGCUGGGAGAGUUGACGGAGGCUAUACUUCUUUGGCUUGUGAAUAACCAAGAGUAUGGAGGAAGCGUUGAGGGCUGGUCACACGUAAGCAAGCAUCAUAGAUUUUCUGAUCAGGUCUCUUUGGAUGUUCAUUUUCUAUUGGAACUCGCACGGCUUGGGGGUUACUUUUCUGAUGAAUUGGAGGCUGCAGCAAUAGAUGCAAUAGCAAAAGCUGGGGGAAAAACUACUGCAACUGAAAAGGAACCAGAUAGGAUAGCUUAUUGGCAAUACCACCUAAAUAAAGGCAAAUAG